AUGGAAGCAAACAUUUCGGAUGACAAACUGAAGUAUUACCAAUUCCCAGGUUACACCCUGUACAAUCUACCUAAAUACCGGCAAGUUGCAAGUGGAAUUCUAACUGGAGUUAAAGAAGGCCUCACCUCACACUACGACCUAAUCAAGAGUAUGGGCUCGACACAAGACAUAUGCGAAAUAAUCAGAUUAAAUUUUUGGAAAUGUCAAAACCAAUUCAAGAUAUAUGCAGUCUAUAAUCCACCCCAGAAUUGUCCAAACCUUGACUUUCUGAACAUCUCACACAUAAACAAAAUUGUACUAGGAGACUUCAACGCCUACUCCACCAGAUGGGGCUACAAGGAUACAAACAUAGCUGGAAAGGAAAUUGAAGACAUGCUAAACAGCAACCCUCUGGAACUUAUUUACAGCAAUGAGGAUCCGGCUACACAUUUGCACUACAAUGGAACCAGAACAACUCCUGACUUACUCCUGGCUUCAAUCGACAUCAGCGAGCAUACACGCCGCAAAAUAAUUGACGAUCCUGGUUCUGGUCACAAACCAGUCAUUGCUAGAGCACUUGCAGAUAAUCAUGAGCUUUGA